GCGACUGUAGAUGUCAGGCUUUGCCCGGGGAGCGGAGCGGCGGCGGGGCUGUGAGUUUCAAAUUAACCUUCCGCUUUGUUGCUGUGUAAUGUGGAUCCCCGAAGGCCCCCCGCCCCGCCCGCCCCCCUUCCCCCGGCAGUGCGCGCUGCAAACUGCGAGUUGAGCUUCAUUUACAUAAAGCGAUUCCGGGCGGGCGGGCGGCCGAGCCGGCGGCGGGCAGGCCGGGGACAGGGGCGCGAGCGCCUCGCCCCGUGGGUGAAUCCCCGCUGAACGCCCGGGGACCCUCCCUCCUGGGGAGGGACGACUGCCGUCUCCGGCCACCAUCAUGAGCCCCUCUCCCCUGCCUGCGGCACCCUUGCACCUAGGCAGAGCCACCUCGGAGCCCCGGGGGCAGCGGGAGGUGGGCAGAAUGCCUCCGGGGGUGGGUAAGUUUGGGGCUCGGAUGCCGCUGGAAUUUCCCACUGUCGCGCACGCAGCGGCCCCCAGACCUGCAAGUGCCUCCUCUCUCCGGAGGUGUGCGGAGCCUUUGUAUGCCAGGUCCGAUCCGUACUGGGUGCAAUGAAAGCUCCACGCAGGCCUUACCAUGGAAGGCUGUGACUCGCCUGUCGUCUCGGGGAAGGACAAUGGGUGCAGUAUCCCUCAGCACCAGCAAUGGACUGAACUCAACAGCACCCACCUCCCCGACAAACCCAGUGGCAUGGAGCAGUCCACAAGCGAGAACCACGGGCCCCUGGACAGCCUGAGGGCCCCGUUCAAUGAGCGCCUCACGGAGAGCACCGCCUCGGCCGGCCCCACCGCCGAGCCCGCUGGCAAGGAGGUCAGCUGCAACGAAUGCUCGGCCUCCUUCGCCAGCUUACAGACCUAUAUGGAGCACCACUGCCCCAGCACGCGCCCCCCGCUGCCCCUGAGAGAGGACAGCGGGAGCGACACCAGUGAGGAGGGGGACGAGGAGAGUGAUGUGGAGAACCUGGCUGGGGAGAUAGUCUACCAGCCGGAUGGCUCGGCCUACAUUGUCGAGAGCCUGAGCCAGCUGACCCAAAGCGGGGGCGCCUGUGGCAGUGGCAGUGGGCCUCUCCCUUCGCUCUUUCUGAACUCUCUCCCCGGUGUGGGGGGCAAACAAGGGGACCCUUCUUGUGCUGCACCAGUCUACCCACAGAUCAUCAACACUUUCCACAUAGCCUCAUCCUUCGGGAAAUGGUUUGAGGGCCCAGACCAGGCUUUCCCGAAUACCUCAGCCCUGACGGGGCUCAGCCCUGUCCUGCACAGCUUCCGCGUUUUUGACGUGCGACACAAAAGCAACAAGGAUUACCUGAACAGCGACGGCUCUGCCAAAAGCUCCUGCGUAUCCAAAGAUGUUCCCAACAAUGUGGACCUGUCCAAAUUCGAUGGCUUUGUGCUUUACGGCAAGAGGAAGCCCAUCCUGAUGUGUUUCUUGUGCAAACUGUCCUUUGGGUACGUCCGUUCCUUCGUGACCCACGCGGUGCACGACCAUCGAAUGACCCUGAGUGAGGACGAGCGGAAAAUUCUUAGCAAUAAGAACAUCUCCGCUAUCAUCCAAGGGAUUGGCAAAGACAAGGAACCCCUUGUAAGUUUUCUGGAACCAAAAAACAAAAACUUUCAACACCCUUUAGUUUCCACAGCUAACCUCAUAGGCCCCGGACACAGUUUUUAUGGUAAAUUUAGUGGCAUUCGAAUGGAAGGGGAGGAGGCUCUCCCAGCUGGCUCUGCUGCUGGCCCUGAGCAGCCCCAGGCUGGUAUCUUGACCCCCAGCACCCUCUUGAACCUUGGCGGGCUCACCAGCUCGGUCCUGAAGACCCCCAUUACCUCAGUCCCCCUGGGGCCUCUGGCCUCCAGUCCUACCAAAUCCUCAGAGGGCAAGGACUCUGGGGCAGCAGCAGGAGAAAAGCAAGAAGUGGGUGAUCCGGAUUGCUUCUCCGAGAAAGCAGAGCCAGCUGAGGAGGAGGUGGAGGAGGAAGAGGAGGAAGAAGAGGCAGAGGAGGAGGAGGAAGAGGAAGAGGAGGAAGAGGAGGAGGAAGAAGACGAGGGUUGCAAAGGACUCUUUCCGAGUGAGUUGGACGACGAACUGGAGGACAGGCCCCACGAGGAGCCUGGGGCCGCGGCAGGUAGUAGCAGCAAAAAGGACCUUGCUCUCUCAAACCAAAGCAUUUCUAACUCCCCCUUAAUGCCUAAUGUGCUCCAGACCCUGUCGAGGGGCGCAGCUUCUACUAGUUCUAAUUCUGCUUCUUCCUUUGUUGUCUUUGAUGGUGCGAACAGGAGGAAUCGUUUAAGCUUUAACAGUGAGGGCGUCAGGGCCAAUGUGGCAGAGGGCGGCAGGAGGCUGGACUUUGCUGACGAAAGUGCCAAUAAAGACAAUGCCACAGCACCAGAACCAAAUGAAAGCACAGAGGGCGAUGAUGGGGGCUUUGUCCCUCAUCACCAGCAUGCUGGCUCCCUCUGCGAGCUUGGGGUUGGGGAGUGCCCCUCGGGGAGCGGUGUGGAGUGCCCCAAAUGUGACACGGUCCUGGGCUCCUCCCGCUCGCUGGGUGGCCACAUGACCAUGAUGCAUUCUCGUAACUCGUGUAAGACACUCAAGUGCCCCAAGUGCAACUGGCACUAUAAGUACCAGCAGACACUGGAGGCGCACAUGAAGGAGAAGCACCCGGAGCCGGGGGGCUCCUGUGUCUAUUGUAAAAGUGGGCAGCCCCACCCUCGGUUGGCACGAGGUGAGAGCUACACGUGUGGUUACAAGCCUUUCCGCUGUGAGGUGUGUAACUACUCCACAACUACCAAAGGCAACCUCAGUAUUCAUAUGCAGUCCGACAAGCAUCUCAACAACAUGCAGAACCUGCAGAACGGAGGCGGGGAGCAGGUCUUCAGCCACACCGCUGGGGCGGCAGCGGCGGCAGCCGUGGCCGCCGCCGCUGCGGCCAAUAUCAGCAGCUCCUGCGGGGCCCCCUCGCCCACAAAACCAAAAACCAAACCCACCUGGCGGUGCGAGGUGUGCGAUUACGAAACCAACGUGGCGAGGAACCUCCGUAUCCACAUGACCAGCGAGAAGCACAUGCACAACAUGAUGCUGCUGCAGCAGAACAUGACCCAGAUCCAACACAACCGCCACCUGGGCCUCAGCGGCCUGCCCUCGCCCGCCGAGGCCGAGCUUUACCAAUACUACCUGGCCCAGAACUUGAACCUGCCCAACCUGAAGAUGGACAAUGCUGCCUCGGACGCCCCGUUCAUGAUGAGUGGAUUCCAGCUGGAUCCCUCGGGGCCCAUGGCCGCCAUGACGCCUGCUCUAGUGGGCGGUGAGAUCCCCCUAGACAUGCGUCUCGGGGGCGGGCAGCUGGUGUCGGAGGAGCUGAUGAACCUGGGCGAGAGCUUCAUCCAGACCAAUGACCCGUCGCUGAAGCUCUUCCAGUGUGCCGUCUGCAACAAGUUCACCACCGACAACCUGGACAUGCUGGGGCUGCACAUGAAUGUGGAGCGCAGCCUCCCUGAGGAUGAGUGGAAGGCCGUGAUGGGGGACUCGUACCAGUGCAAGCUCUGCCGCUACAACACCCAGCUCAAGGCCAACUUCCAGCUGCACUGCAAGACAGAUAAGCACGUGCAGAAGUACCAGCUGGUGGCCCACAUCAAGGAGGGGGGCAAAGCCAACGAGUGGCGGCUCAAGUGCGUGGCCAUCGGCAACCCCGUCCACCUCAAGUGCAACGCCUGCGACUACUACACCAACAGCUUGGAGAAGCUGCGGCUGCACACGGUCAACUCCAGGCACGAGGCCAGCCUGAAGUUGUACAAGCACCUGCAGCAGCAUGAGAGCGGCGUGGAAGGCGAGAGCUGCUACUACCACUGUGUCCUGUGCAACUACUCUACCAAGGCCAAGUUGAACCUCAUUCAGCACGUGCGCUCCAUGAAGCACCAGCGCAGCGAGAGCCUGCGCAAGCUGCAGCGGCUGCAGAAGGGCCUCCCGGAGGAGGAUGAGGACCUGGGGCAAAUCUUCACCAUCCGCAGGUGCCCCUCCACUGACCCAGAAGAAGCCGUUGAAGAUGUUGAAGGGCCCAGUGAAGCGGCUGCUGAUCCAGAGGAGGUUGCUAAAGACCAAGAGAGUGGAGGCGAGAAGGACCAGGGCAAGUGGACAGCAUCGUCCAGCCAAGCAGAAAAGGAGCUGACAGAUUCUCCUGCAACCUCCAAACGCAUCUCCUUCCCAGGUAGCUCGGAGUCUCCUCUCUCUUCGAAGAGACCAAAAACAUCGGAAGAGACCAAAGCGGAGCAGAUGUACCAGUGUCCCUACUGCAAGUACAGCAGCGCGGACGUGAACCGGCUGCGCGUGCACGCCAUGACACAGCACUCGGUGCAGCCCUUGCUGCGCUGCCCGCUGUGCCAGGACAUGCUCAGCAACAAGACCCACCUGCAGCUGCACCUCACACACCUGCACAGCGUGGCACCCGACUGCGUGGACAAGCUCAUUAUGACGGUGACCACCCCUGAGAUGGUGAUGCCCAGCAGCAUGUUUCUCCCAGCGGCUGUUCCAGAUCGAGAUGGGGGCUCCAAUGUGGAGGAGACAGGAAAGCAGCCUGAAACCUCAGAGGAUCUUGGAAAGAACAUCUUACCCUCUGUGAGCACAGAGCCCAGUGGAGAUCUGAAGCCCUCUCCUGCUGACCCAGGCUCUGUGAGAGAAGACUCGGGCUUCCUGUGCUGGAAGAAGGGAUGCAACCAGGUUUUCAAAACUUCUGCCGCUCUUCAGACACACUUCAACGAGGUUCACGCCAAGAGGCCUCAGCUGCCCGUGUCCGAUCGCCACGUGUACAAGUACCGCUGUAAUCAGUGCAGCCUGGCUUUCAAGACCAUUGAGAAGCUGCAGCUCCAUUCUCAGUACCACGUGAUCAGAGCGGCCACCAUGUGCUGUCUUUGUCAGCGCAGUUUCCGAACUUUCCAGGCUCUGAAAAAACACCUUGAGACGAGCCACCUGGAGUUGAGUGAGGCUGACAUCCAGCAGCUUUAUGGUGGCCUUCUGGCCAAUGGGGACCUCCUGGCAAUGGGAGACCCCACCCUGGCAGAGGACCACACCAUAAUCGUUGAGGAAGACAAGGAGGAAGAGAGUGACCUGGAAGAGAAGCAGAGCCCAACGGGCAGUGACUCUGGGUCUGUACAAGAAGACUCGGGCUCAGAACCAAAGAGAGCUCUGCCUUUCAGAAAAGGCCCCAACUUCACCAUGGAGAAAUUUCUAGACCCUUCUCGCCCUUACAAGUGUACUGUCUGCAAGGAAUCCUUCACUCAGAAGAACAUCCUGCUAGUACACUAUAAUUCUGUCUCCCACCUGCAUAAGUUAAAGAGAGCCCUUCAAGAAUCAGCAACUGGUCAGCCAGAACCCACCAGCAGCCCCGACAAUAAACCCUUUAAGUGUAACACUUGUAAUGUGGCCUACAGCCAGAGCUCCACCUUGGAGAUCCACAUGAGGUCUGUGCUGCAUCAAACCAAGGCCCGGGCAGCCAAGCUGGAGGCUGCAAGUGGCAGUAGCAAUGGGACCGGGAACAGCAGCAGCGUCUCCCUGAGCUCCUCCACCCCAAGUCCUGUGAGCACCAGUGGCAGUAACACCUUUACCACCACCAACCCAAGCAGUGCUGGCCUCGCUCCGAGCUCCAGCUUACUGAGCCAAGUGCCCACUGAAAGUGUAGGGAUGCCGCCCCUGGGAAAUCCCAUCAGUGCCAACAUCACUUCCCCUCCAGAGCCCAAGGAGGCCAAUCGGAAGAAGCUGGCAGAUAUGAUUGCAUCGAGGCAGCAACAGCAGCAGCAACAGCAGCAGCAGCAACAACAAGCACAGACACUGGCCCAGGCCCAAGCUCAGGUUCAAGCUCACCUGCAGCAGGAGCUGCAGCAGCAGGCUGCCCUGAUCCAGUCGCAGCUGUUCAACCCCACCCUCCUUCCUCACUUCCCCAUGACCACCGAGACCCUGCUACAGCUGCAGCAGCAGCAGCAUCUCCUCUUCCCCUUCUACAUCCCCAGCGCAGAGUUCCAGCUCAACCCCGAGGUCAGCCUGCCGGUGACCAGUGGGGCACUGACACUGACUGGGGCGGGCCCGGGCCUCCUGGAAGACCUGAAAGCUCAGGUUCAGAUCCCACAGCAGAGCCACCAGCAGAUCCUGCAGCAGCAGCAGCAGAGCCAGCUUUCUUUGUCCCAGAGUCACUCUGCCCUCCUACAGCCAAGCCAGCACCCUGAAAAGAAAAACAAACUGGUCAUCAAAGAAAAGGAAAAAGAAAGCCAGAGAGAGAGGGAUGGUGCCGAAGCGGGGGAGGGCAGCACAGGACCAAAGGAGUCUCUGCCAGAUGCCUUGAAGGCCAAGGAGAAGAAAGACUUGGCACCAGGGGGCAGUUCUGAGCCUUCCAUGCUUCCUCCGCGCAUCGCCUCAGAUGCCAGGGGGAACGCCACCAAGGCCUUGCUGGAGAACUUUGGCUUCGAGCUGGUCAUUCAGUACAACGAGAACAAACAGAAGGUGCAGAAGAAGAAUGGGAAGACCGAGCAGGGAGAGAAUCUGGAAAAGCUGGAGUGUGACUCCUGUGGCAAAUUGUUUUCCAACAUCUUGAUUUUAAAGAGUCAUCAAGAGCAUGUUCAUCAAAAUUACUUUCCCUUUAAACAGCUGGAGAGGUUUGCCAAGCAGUACAGAGAGCACUACGAUAAACUGUACCCUCUGAGGCCCCAGACCCCAGAGGCGCCGCCACCUCCCCCUCCACCCCCUCCACCCCCGCUUCCGGCGGCACCGCCUCAGCCUGCUUCCACGCCAGCCAUCCCUGCGUCCGCGCCGCCCAUCACUUCGCCUACAAUCGCACCGGCCCAGCCCUCAGUUCCGCUCACCCAGCUCUCCAUGCCCAUGGAGCUGCCCAUCUUCUCGCCACUGAUGAUGCAGACCAUGCCACUGCAGACCUUGCCGGCGCAGCUGCCCCCUCAGCUCGGACCUGUGGAGCCUCUGCCUGCCGACCUGGCCCAGCUGUACCAGCAUCAGCUCAACCCAAGCCUGCUCCAGCAGCAGAACAAGAGGCCACGUACCAGGAUCACGGAUGACCAGCUCCGAGUCCUGCGGCAGUAUUUUGACAUUAACAACUCCCCCAGUGAGGAGCAGAUCAAAGAAAUGGCUGACAAGUCCGGGUUGCCCCAGAAAGUGAUCAAGCACUGGUUCAGAAACACUCUCUUCAAAGAGCGGCAGCGUAACAAGGACUCCCCUUACAAUUUCAGCAACCCUCCCAUCACCAGCCUGGAGGAGCUCAAGAUUGACUCGCGGCCCCCUUCGCCGGAACCUCAGAAGCAGGAGUACUGGGGAAGCAAGAGGUCUUCGAGAACACGGUUCACUGACUACCAGCUGAGGGUCCUACAGGACUUCUUUGACGCCAAUGCCUACCCAAAGGACGAUGAAUUUGAGCAACUGUCUAAUUUACUGAACCUUCCAACCCGAGUCAUAGUGGUGUGGUUUCAAAAUGCCCGACAGAAGGCCAGGAAGAAUUAUGAGAAUCAGGGAGAGGGCAAAGAUGGAGAGCGGCGUGAGCUUACCAAUGAUCGGUAUAUUCGCACGAGCAACUUGAACUACCAGUGCAAAAAAUGUAGCCUGGUGUUUCAGCGCAUCUUUGAUCUCAUCAAGCACCAGAAGAAACUGUGUUACAAAGAUGAGGAUGAGGAGGGGCAGGAUGACAGCCAAAAUGAAGACUCCAUGGAUGCCAUGGAGCUCCUGACGCCCACCAGCUCCUCCUGCAGCACCCCGAUGCCCUCCCAGGCUUACAGUGCCCCAGCACCCUCAGCCAAUACAGCUUCCUCCGCUUUCUUGCAGCUUACAGCAGAGGCUGACGAACUGGCCACCUUCAGUUCAAAAACAGAGGCAAGUGAUGAGAAACCAAAGCAGGCUGAACCUCCCAGUGCACAGCCAAACCAAACCCAAGAAAAGCAAGGACAACCAAAGGCAGAGCUGCAGCAGCAAGACCAGCCCGAGCAGAAGACAAACUUGGCCCAGCAAAAGCUCCCACAGCUGACUUCCCCCCCUUCAUUACCACAGCCUCCUCAACAGGCGCCCCCUCCUCAGUGCCCCUUACCCCAGUCGAGCCCCAGUCCUUCUCAGCUCUCCCACCUGCCCCUCAAGCCCCUCCACACGUCAACUCCUCAACAGUUGGCAAACCUACCUCCUCAGCUCAUCCCCUACCAGUGUGACCAGUGUAAGCUGGCGUUUCCAUCAUUUGAGCACUGGCAGGAGCAUCAGCAGCUUCACUUCCUGAGUGCACAGAACCAGUUCAUCCACCCUCAGUUUUUAGACAGGUCACUGGAUAUGCCUUUCAUGCUAUUUGACCCUAGCAACCCUCUCCUGGCGAGCCAGCUACUCUCUGGGGCCAUACCUCAGAUCCCUGCGAGCUCGGCCACUUCUCCUUCAACCCCAACCUCCACGAUGAACACUCUGAAGAGGAAGCUGGAGGAAAAGGCCAGUGCGAGCCCCGGCGAAAAUGACAGCGGGACGGGAGGAGAAGAACCACAGAGAGACAAGCGCUUGAGGACAACUAUUACACCCGAACAGCUAGAAAUUCUCUACCAAAAGUAUUUACUGGACUCCAAUCCGACGCGAAAGAUGUUGGAUCACAUUGCGCAUGAGGUGGGCUUGAAGAAACGUGUGGUACAAGUCUGGUUUCAGAACACCCGUGCCCGGGAAAGGAAAGGACAGUUCCGGGCCGUGGGCCCAGCCCAGGCCCACAGGAGGUGCCCUUUUUGUAGAGCCCUCUUCAAAGCCAAGACUGCCCUUGAGGCUCAUAUCCGGUCCCGUCAUUGGCAUGAAGCCAAGAGAGCUGGCUACAACCUAACUCUGUCCGCAAUGCUCUUAGACUGCGAUGGGGGGCUCCAGAUGAAAGGAGAUAUUUUUGAUGGAACGAGCUUUUCCCACCUACCCCCCAGCAGUAGUGAUGGCCAAGGUGUUCCCCUCUCACCAGUGAGUAAAACCAUGGAGCUGUCUCCCAGAACGCUUCUUAGCCCAUCUUCCAUCAAGGUGGAAGGGAUCGAAGAUUUCGAAAGCCCCUCCAUGUCCUCAGUUAAUCUCAACUUUGACCAAACUAAGCUGGACAACGAUGAUUGUUCCUCUGUCAACACGGCAAUCACAGAUACCACUACCGGAGACGAGGGCAAUGCAGAUAAUGACAGUGCGACGGGAAUAGCAACUGAAACCAAAUCCUCUUCUGCGCCCAAUGAAGGGUUGACCAAAGCGGCCAUGAUGGCAAUGUCUGAAUAUGAAGAUCGGUUGUCAUCCGGUCUGGUCAGCCCAGCCCCGAGCUUUUACAGCAAGGAAUAUGACAACGAAGGUACAGUGGACUACAGUGAAACCUCAAGCCUUGCAGACCCCUGCUCCCCAAGUCCUGGUGCGAGUGGGUCAGCAGGCAAAUCUGGAGACAGCGGGGAUCGGCCCGGGCAGAAACGUUUUCGCACUCAAAUGACCAAUCUGCAGCUGAAGGUCCUCAAGUCAUGCUUUAAUGACUACAGGACACCCACCAUGCUAGAGUGUGAGGUCCUGGGCAAUGACAUUGGACUGCCAAAGAGAGUCGUUCAGGUGUGGUUCCAGAAUGCCCGGGCAAAAGAAAAGAAGUCCAAGUUAAGCAUGGCCAAGCAUUUUGGUAUAAACCAAACAAGUUACGAGGGACCCAAAACAGAGUGCACUUUGUGUGGCAUCAAGUACAGCGCUCGGCUGUCUGUACGUGACCAUAUAUUUUCCCAACAGCAUAUCUCCAAAGUUAAAGACACCAUUGGAAGCCAGUUGGACAAGGAGAAAGAAUACUUUGACCCAGCCACUGUACGUCAGUUGAUGGCUCAGCAAGAGUUGGACCGGAUUAAAAAGGCCAAUGAGGUCCUCGGACUGGCAGCUCAGCAGCCAGGGAUGUUCGACAAUGCCCCUCUUCAGGCUCUGAAUCUUCCCACAGCAUAUCCGGCGCUCCAGGGCAUUCCUCCCGUGUUGCUUCCUGGCCUCAACAGCCCCUCCUUGCCGGGUUUUACUCCAUCUAACACAGCUUUAACGUCUCCAAAACCGAACUUGAUGGGUCUGCCCAGCACAACAGUUCCUUCCCCUGGCCUCCCCACAUCUGGAUUACCAAAUAAACCGUCCUCAGCAUCGCUGAGCUCCCCGACCCCAGCACAAGCCACCAUGGCAAUGGCCCCUCAGCAAACCCCCCAACCCCAGCAGCCGCCGCCGCAGGUGCAGCCACCGCCAGCAGCCCAGCCACCACCUGCGCCACAGCCCCCGCCUCAGCAACAGCAGCGCAAGGACAAAGACAGUGAGAAGGUGAAGGAGAAGGAUAAGGCACAUAAAGGGAAAGGGGAACCCCUGCCUGUCCCCAAGAAGGAGAAGGGAGAGGCCCCCACGGCUGCUGCAGCCACCAUCUCUGCCCCGCUGCCCGCCAUGGAGUAUGCGGUGGACCCUGCGCAGCUGCAGGCCCUGCAGGCAGCCUUGACCUCGGACCCCACAGCGUUGCUCACGAGCCAGUUCCUUCCUUACUUCGUACCAGGCUUCUCUCCGUAUUAUGCCCCCCAGAUCCCUGGCGCCCUGCAGAGCGGGUACCUGCAGCCUAUGUAUGGCAUGGAAGGCCUGUUCCCCUACAGCCCCGCGCUGUCGCAGGCCCUGAUGGGGCUGUCCCCGGGCUCCCUUCUGCAGCAGUACCAGCAAUACCAGCAGAGUCUGCAGGAGGCCAUCCAGCAGCAGCAGCAGCGGCAACUGCAGCAACAGCAGCAGCAGCAGCAGAAAGUGCAGCAGCCCAAAGCAAGCCAGACCCCAGUCCCCCCGGGGGCUGCUUCCCCAGACAAAGACCCUGCCAAAGAAUCCCCCAAACCAGACGAGCAGAAAAACGCACCCCGCGAGGUGUCCCCCCUCCUGCCGAAACCCCCUGAAGAGCCAGAAGCAGAAAGCAAAAGUGCGGACUCCCUCUACGACCCCUUCAUUGUUCCAAAGGUGCAGUACAAGUUGGUCUGCCGCAAGUGCCAGGCGGGCUUCAGUGACGAGGAGGCGGCGAGGAGCCACCUGAAGUCCCUCUGCUUCUUCGGCCAGUCUGUGGUGAACCUGCAAGAGAUGGUGCUUCGCGUCCCCACGGGCGGCGGCGGCGGCGGCGGCGGCGGCAGCGGCGGUGGCGGCAGCGGCGGCGGCUCGUACCACUGCCUGGCGUGCGAGAGCGCGCUCUGUGGGGAGGAAGCUCUGAGUCAACAUCUCGAGUCGGCCUUGCACAAACACAGAACAAUCACGAGAGCAGCAAGAAACGCCAAAGAGCACCCUAGUUUAUUACCUCACUCUGCCUGCUUCCCCGAUCCUAGCACCGCAUCUACCUCGCAGUCUGCCGCUCACUCAAACGACAGCCCCCCUCCCCCGUCGGCCGCCGCCCCCUCCUCGUCCUCCGCUUCCCCCCACGCCUCCAGGAAGUCUUGGCCGCAAGUGGUCUCCCGGGCUUCGGCCGCGAAGCCCCCUUCUUUUCCUCCUCUCUCCUCAUCUUCAACGGUUACCUCAAGUUCAUGCAGCACCUCAGGGGUUCAGCCCUCGAUGCCAACAGACGACUAUUCGGAGGAGUCUGACACGGAUCUCAGCCAAAAGUCCGACGGACCGGCGAGCCCGGUGGAGGGUCCCAAAGACCCCAGCUGCCCCAAGGACAGUGGUCUGACCAGUGUAGGAACGGACACCUUCAGAUUGUAAGCUUUGAAGAUGAACAAUACAAACAAAUGAAUUUAAAUUAAAAAAAUUAAUAACAAACCAAUUUCAAAAAUAGACUAACUGCAAUUCCAAAGCUUCUAACCAAAAAAAGAAAAAAAAAGAAAAAAAGAAAAAAAAAGAAAAAGCGUGGGUUGUUUUCCCAUAUACCUAUCUAUGCCGGUGAUUUUACAUUCUUGUUUUUUCUUUUUCCUUUUAAUAUAUAAAGAAAACACCCCUUAACCCUGUUGUUACAUUGUGUCCUUUUGAAGGUACUAUUGGUCUGGGAAACACAAGUCCGCAGGGCCUCCCUAACGUCUUUGGAGCUUAAACCCCUUGUAUAUUUGCCCCUUUUCAAUAAAUGCCCCACGUUGAUAGCACAGAGGAGCCCGGCAUGCACUGUAUGGGAAAGCAGUCCACCUUGUUCCAGUUUUAAAUUUCUUGCUAUCUUAGCAUUCAGAUACCAAUGGCUUGCUAAAAGAAAAAAAGAAAUGUAAUGUCUUUUUAUUCUCAGGUCAAUCGCUCACACUUUGUUCUGUUUUCAGAAUCAUUAUUUUAUAUAUUAUUUUUUCGGUUUUUUCUUUUGUUUUUUGUUCCAGAAAAGAUUUUUUUGUUUUCUUAAUUUAAAAAAGGGCAGAAAGUAUUCGAGAAAAACAAUGUGAACUGCUUUAGCUUUCUGGGGAUUUUAAGGAUAGCUUUUCUGCUGAAGCCAAUUUCAAGAUGAAAAGUUAAGCACUCCCACUUUCAGAAAAAAAAAAAACCCACACACACAAAGAGUGUUGAGGACUCGUAGCUUAAAAAAAAUAAGUUUUAAAAACUGACUUUCUGUAUUUAUGAUAGAUAUGACCAUUUUUGGUGUUGAGUAGAUUGUUGCAUUGGAAAUGAACUGAAGCAGUAUGGUAGAUUUAAAAGGAAAAAAAAAAACCUUUUGUGUACAUUUAGCUUUUUGUAUGGUCCAGCUGACAGCUCCUCAUUUGAUGUUGUCUUGUUCAUUCCUAGCAGAUAGAUUGCAAUCCGUUGAUUCGCCUAAGCUUUUCUCCCCUUUGUCCCUUAAUUCGACUUUUCUCUUUCCUCCUCCCACCUCCCAUCCUAUAAUCUCCCACUUACGGUAGCUGCCUUCAUUUCAUAGAGGGUAGCUGCAGAAUUAUUUUAUAAAACUAAAAGAAUUUCAAAGGGUUCUAGGGGUCAUUAGGAUCCUCACAGAUUAUUUUUGGUUGGAGAGUUGAAACUUUUUAAAGGCAAAUAAUUCUAGUUACCUGUAUCUGUUAGCCUUGUGCAUUUAUUAUUAUUAUUUUUAAUUUAUCCUUCUUUUGGCUUUUCUUUUCACCCCUUCUUUUCCUCCUUGUUUGGUAGAUGCUUCAAAUAGUCUUUUCCUAAGCUAAAGCAUUUGUUUCGAUUUGUGUAAUUGGACUGUGUGCUUUUCUUUUCUAAAAAAAGGUUUUGGUUAGGGGUUUGGUUUGGUUUGUUUUGUUUUCUUUCCUCUCUCAGAAAAAGAAAUUUCAUGCUUUAAAUAAAAUCCAAAGACAUACCCUUUCACUGCUGAUGCAGAAAAAAGGGAAAGGGUUCUUGUUACUUGAGAAUUUGUUUCUGAUUUAAACAAACAAGACUUAGUUUAAUAAAAGAAAGAGUAAAACAAAAGAUUCCCAGGUUGUUAUGUGCUUCUUCUGCAAGCAGAGAGGCAACUGUUAAUGACAAUUCCAUAUACCAAAAGACACAUUUUUUACUUCAAAGUUUUGUCCUUGUGUUAGGCAGUCUGAGCGGCGAGUGAUCCAGAGCGCAGCCAACAAAGAAGCAGAUAGCAAUGUAUAGAGAGCAAAAAAGGAACCGUAUAUGAGGCACUUGUGUUUAUGUUAAUAUCUGUAUUCCUGUAACACACAACACAACGCACCAUACACCCUUUCUCAUCUUAACAAAAAAAAAAUGGUCUGAACUUUAAAAGGAAAACUUUGUGCUGCUAUAACGUAGAUUUUGGAGACAAAUAGAUGCUUUGCUGUUUCACUUUCAUAGCCAAACAUCAACAGAAACAAUCUCCCCUUGCCCCGAGAGUGUGAAAUCCUUCUCCCCUUCAUUCUCUUCCUUAUGUUUCAAAAGGGAACUUUGAAGACUGUGAAUGCAGGUUCCAUUGGUCACCUUUCGGGCUUCUUUCCCCAGUGCUGAAGCCACUCAUCGACUUUGCAAAAGACUGGAGCAUUCCAAGAUCUGAAAAUGGAUUUCUUUUUUUCUUUUUUGCCUUUUCUUUUUUAGCCGGGACUAUUUUAUUUUUAUGAAUUUGUUUUUAGUUUAAUGAAAGAGUAGAUCCUGAACUGUUGUACAUAUUUCUAACUAGGCUGAUGCACAGUGCAAAUUCCUUUUUUAAUUUUUUUAAGUAGAAAUACUAAAGAAUACCAUCUAACUAUUCAUACCAGUAUCCAGUUGUAGCAUAAGGUGUCAAAACAAGUACGCAAAACAUUUGCUGUUUUAACAAGCUAUUUUCUUUUAACAAGAAUUCUUGUAUUUCUCCCUGUGUUUGAGAUGAACAUUUUUAAAUUUUAAAGUUGUACAGUUUUUUGUUUUCCAUUAUUUUAUCAUUUGUAACUCUAUGAAAUAUAUAUAUAUUUUUUGCCAUUUAAUUGUUGUAUGUUACUCUGUGUCUGUAUCAUAUAGAAAAAAAAUUGUUUGUUUUUGGUUCUCUGUGAUACCAAUUAACAAUUUAACACUAGCUUUACCUGUCAAAUUCUGCUAGGCCUUUUCUGUAAACUUUGUUUUUAAAAAUGAUAUUGCUUGGUAAUAGUGCAAUUUCUAUCCCUUUCCUGCCCCCCCUCAACUUUAAGUUCAUUUCCUUGUAAUUUUGCCACCCCUUCCCCAAUGGUUCUCUCUCUCUCCCCUCCCCCCACCUCUCUCUUUUAAGCUACUAUGCCAUCCUCCCUCUGUGAGGCAGAGUGACUGUGUUUUGUUAUGCCAUGCCUUGACCUGUGGGUGUAUUUUGGCAACAGCAAGGUGGUUCGUUGGGUAGAUUGGCUACCACCAGUGGUCCUCAAAGGGGUUAUAUGAUUGUUUCAACCUGGUGUGGGUUGCACACUCAAUACUUUCCUCUACAACUCUACUGCCCACAUAUAUGUUCAUUCAAAAAAGAAAAAAUGAUUCUCAGCAUUAACCCAGAAGUAGCAAAGCAGUCAGUGAUGGUGAAAAUUAGAGGUCAGACAUGAGCUAGAAAAAUGUUUGUGGGCUGACAUCCACCAUGGCUGUGACAAGUAUCAUUUACAAAGCAUGAAUCCACUACAACGCUCAACUGUUUGGAUUGGUCUCAGAGAAUUUAUUCCUGUCUGCUGCUUAGUAGGUAACCGAAUAGGACAUCUCAACUCACUUUUUCAAUUAGUUCUUCACUUCCAUCGACACUUCAUAUUUUGUUUUUUGUUUUUUUUUCCCCCCCAAAUACUCCACAGUGGGGGUGGGUGCUAGACAUCAUUCAGGCAGAGCACCAUCAACCCACAGGAUGGGAGUUAUUUCAUCCGUCCUUCCAAAAGAAUCUUAAGAAGGAAACACACACACGGAAAGGUUUAAUAAAUCUAAGAAGGUUUUGUUUUGUUGUUUUUUUCUAAUUAAAAGCUAUUUAAAGAGAUGAAUGUGGCCAAAGUUUUACACAACUGAAAAUAAAGUAAAACAGAUGGCAUGUGUUUAAACCUGAGUUUAUCAGGCAUGGCAGGAAGUUGCAGGAGAGAGAGGCAGUGACCCAAGCCAGUGCACUUGAUGUUCAUGGACAUAUAUUUUUUUUAAAUAAUAAAUUAAAUUAAAACAUUUUAAAUAGAAGCAUAAAUUGAGUUGGUUGUUUGUUGGCGCUGAGAUACUGCCCACUGUGAAACAAAGCUUUGACUAGUUUUUUUUUGUUUGUUUACUUUUCAGGGGGGAGGGGGGCAAGUUUGGGUAGGAAAGAAAGCAUAAAUGAACGUGACCCUGAGGUGAAAAGGUAUAUGAACAGCCUUUGCAAUGUACAAAAAAACAAAAAACAAAAAAACAAAAAAAAAACAAAAAAAAAAAUAGAGCAAGUGAAACCAAAAAUGAUGUUCUUGGUGUUUUUCUAUAAUGUAGUCUUGUUAGCUUUUUUGUUACUGUAACAA